AUGACCUUCACCAACGAAGCGGCCUGGCAAACCGCCCCAAACUCCAAGACCUUUGAAAUUGGCCCCGGCCCAACCCCCAACCCCAGCGAAGACGAGGUCGUCAUCAAAGUCGCCUACGCUGCCCUCCAAGAAUCCCCAUUCGACCUACCCUACCCAUACAUCUUCGGCACCGACAUCGCCGGAACAAUCGUCCAACUCGGAUCCAACGUCACUCGAUUCCAGCUAGGACAGCGGGUGAUAGGCCACUGCGACGGCCUCCUAACCCAAAAAAAACCAAACAACGGAUUCCAGCGCUACGCCACAACCCGCGAGAUCCUCGUCUCCGCAAUCCCAGACAAAAUCCCUCUAUCCAACGCCGCCGUCCUCCCCCUCUCCAUCUCAACAGCCGCAGGGGCCCUAUUCCACUACCUAGCUCUCCCCUACCCAACCCUAACCCCGACCCCUCUAAACAAAAAGAUUCUAAUCUGGGGCGGGAGCUCAGCCGUCGGAAGUUCCGCGAUUCAACUUGCGCGCGCCGCGGGACUGGAGGUUCUUGCAACUGCGUCUCGGCCGAAUUUCGAAUACGUGCAGAGUCUCGGUGCCACGGCAUUUGAUUACCAUGACCCGAACAUUGUGGAGAGGAUUUUGGAGGUUUUGAGGGAGGGGGAUGUGGUGUUUGAUGUUAUUAGUAGUUCUGAGACGCAGGAGGCUUGUGGGGAGAUUUUGAGGAGGAUUGGUGGGGGGAAGCUUUUGACUACUUCGCCAGCGCUGCAGGUUGGGGUUCCUGAGGGGAUUGAGGGGGUUUUUGUUAAUGGGUUGGCGCCUGGAUUGAUUGAUUUGAAUGUUGGGGAUGCUGUUUGGCGGAAGUAUUUGCCGGAGGCUUUGGAGGCUGGUGUUUUUGUGGCGAAGCCUGAUGCACUUGUGAUUGAAGGGCUUGAGAGGGUGCAGGAGGGUGUGGAUAUUUUGAAGAAGGGGGUUUCUGCUAGGAAGAUUGUGAUUGAGGUGGAGAGGGAGUGA